UAUUAUAAACACAAAUAUUAUAUAAUUAUUAUGUUUUGAAAUGUUUUUCGGACACCAAAUGGUUUGGUCAGAGCAUUGACCGACUCUCGUAUGUGUCGGUAAAAGAACAGGUGGCCACAAUGAGUUCGGCCGAAGUCAGCGAUGACUGUGACCAACAGCGGCGGCUGCGAUCGCAGCGAUCAAUUGGCGACAACAACGGUGGCGGCAAACGACUUAAGAUUACCAAAGAUAUGUUGAGAGACCCGAAGCUGUUCGCCAAUCAAAGCGUUGAUUUGCACCGAUUGUCGCCAAAAGUGAUCAAACAGUACGAUCGACACUCGUAUAGGAAAUACUAUAAGUAUUUCAUUAAACAGAAGACAUUUACAAAGUACCAGAAGAUGUUAAAUAAGUUUAUUAAAAAUUCACAACAAUUUGGUCAACCAUUGACCCGAUUGUCGAUCGCAAAUAACCGCGAAGUAGAUAACAGUGUCACCGCCGCCGCCGCGACUAACAAUGCUGUCAAUAGUAGUCCCAAACGUAUGCGUCUUUGGGUCAACAAUACUGCCAGUAGUAGUAAUCCUGACCAACAUUUAAGACAACAAUCUAGUAAUUAUCGGACCUUAAGAUCGCAUUCAAACGACUUAAAACAUUGGACCAAAUGUGAGGAAAGGGAGAACUCACUGAUGUCCAGCUCUGAGUACAACCGUUAUCUCAAUUUAAUUAGUGUCAAACAUGUGAACCGUUUGGACGACAAACAAGUGAUGAAUUCGUUUGCCUUAAGAGAUAUCGCCAAAUGUGACCACUAUUUUGCCGAUAAUUGCGAUCAGAUUUUAGUGAAUAGUUUGAGUCAACAAUUAAAGCCUAAGCUUAUUGACGCCGAUAACAAUACAAAUGCAAAUGUAAUACUAAAUAACAUAAAAAGACGCAAAAGGAUUGUGAAUAAAAUUAAAGAGAAAUACCGGAUAAUAGAGAGACAAAAGCAGUUAAUUGUCAAUCAAUGGAGAAGUCAAUACCUGAGAUGUUUGUCUAUCUUUCCGUUAUCCUCACCGAUGGGCAGUCGGGUAUGUCUUGCCUUUAAGUGUCAGACUCCAGGCAAAACUAAACUGGAGGCAUAUGUGAAGAAAUAUGAGGCGUCGUGUACUACAAGAUAUAGACAUAGAAUCGGUUUAAUUGACAAUAAGUAUAACCGAUGGAAAAGUGAUGAUUUGGAGAAGAGAUGUACUAUAAUGGAGUUGACACACAAGAAUCAGGUGAUUGGUUCCCAUCAAUACUCGUUCACUAAACGUCAACGACUCGACCGAUUGCGACGAUUUGAUACCGGAAUCGAUUGGAAGUCCAGACUAUUGAAUCUUCAUUGUAAUCCAUUUGUUCGGCUAUCGAUUACCAGAUGUUAUUUGUGUCCAUUGUGUAGACAACCCAUUGGUGAUGAUCAUAGCUGUGAUAAUCAAUCUGACUGUGAUUUGAAUGUGAAUCAAUCAAAUGUAGGAAUUAAUCCGACAAUUAGAUUAGCAAAACAAAUAUCUUCAAAAAUGUCAUUAAAGAGAAAGAAUUUUUCGGACACAAAGAUCUUUGCAGAAGAAAAUAGGCCAAAGAUUAAGCCAACGAAGAGAUUACGUAUUUGUCGAUUGGAUUUGAAUUUAUUGGAUACCAAUGAAAAAUGAUGCAAGACUUGGAUACUCAUAAUUUUAUUAUUAGUUUUCAGUUCAUAAAUCAUAACUUUUUAUUUCUUUUACA